AUGGCGAUCAAAUCCCUCACCACCUUCCUCACGCUAGCUCUAUCCAUUGUUGCCGCGCCAGUUGAGGAGCGACAAGAGGCCGCCUCCUGUUCAAGCUACACCAUCAUCAACACUCGCGGAACAGGCGAAGCCCAAGGUCCCUCAGCCGGAUUCCGAACCAUGAACAACAACAUCCAGUCUCAAAAAUCCGGUGGAAAAAUUUAUAAUACCGUCUACCCGGCCGCAAGCAACCAGAUCUCUACCGCUGGAACCGCAGACAUCAUCAACAAAAUCCGCACAACCCUCACCUCAAACCCAAACGAAUGUUUCAUCUUACAAGGUUACUCCCAAGGCGCAGCAGCAACAACAAACGCCCUCCCCAACCUCACUGGUUCAGCGUUCGAUGCCGUGAAAGGGGUCUUUUUAAUUGGAAAUCCAAUCCAUAAAGCUGGUCUCGAGUGCAACGUCGACAACAAUGGAGGUGCCACUACAAAGAACGUCAAUGGCCUCUCCGCUAGGUUUAACGAUGGGAUUCCUGCCAAUUGGGUUGAUAAGACGCUUGAUGUUUGUAUUUUUGGUGAUGGAGUUUGUGAUACCACGCAUGGAUUUGGUAUUAAUGCGGCGCAUUUGAGAUAUCCUUUGGAUUCCGCUACGCAGGAUUUGGGCACGGAGUUUAUUCUUGGGAAGUUGUGA